GUGGCUGAGAGAAGGAGGAAGAUUAAACAUUAGACUACUGCUAAAAAUAAUUAAUCCUACAGCGAACGAAUCCAGCAAUCCUAAGACGGAGUUUUCUUAGGUCUGAUCACAUUCCAAUAAAGCAAAAUUACACAGAGAAGGAAAUAUAUCUGAACCAACAGAAGAUCUAUUUGGGAGAUUUCAAGAGCUUCAACUUAAUUCUCAGGACAGAUCAGGUUAAGUGGAAGAAGUGUUGCUUAAUGUGUUAGACACAUGACAUGCUUUCAAAACACCUAUGGUAAUGAGCUACACAUAUAAUGAAGCAGCUAUAACUUUUGACAGCUCUUGGAUGGCUAAGACAGGCUGGGAAGAGAAAUUACAACAAACUUUCUUAUUGGAUUUUACAAGGAAUUAAUAGAAGACCAAACAAGGAUUUUUACUGAAUCUCAGAGGAGCUUUUAAGAAGCAAUUGACUUCAAAUAAUCUAAAUUGUGUAGAGUCCCUGCUUUAGCUGCACACAGCUUGGGACAUGAUAACCACUCAGAGGCUGUCAUGAUGUUGGGAAGUUCCUUACAGAUGUUACAGCCUCUCUAGCAGUGACCUUUGCAAUAUCUUACUUGACUGUCCCAAUGGAAGAUACAGACAUAUUCAAGUGCAACCCAUCUUCAUGGCUUAGUGCUUACAACAGUGGAUCUGAUAUAAUUACAGGAGACCCCAAUAUUCACUAGGAGUCUGGAUAGUCUGGGCUAAAGGAUUAAUGAAGGAUCGGCAUCUCUUGACAAGAGGACAGAAGACAGUCACCACACGGGACUCUGGGAAUGAGGGGAAGCAGAGGGAAGACAUAGCCAGAUCUCAUUUCCCAGCUGAUGGAGAGGCCAAGACAUACGGAAGAUCCUGGUGACUGAGAGAGCAGAAUUUUCUCAGCUGUCUGCAGGUCUAUUGUAGUCAUGAAGUUGCCUUGAUUUAUAACAGUGAGGACUGACCGAAUAUACUCCAUCUUCAAGUGUUUUUUUCAGAAUGAAUCUGUUCACCGUCUCAAUGCCUUGAUUGUUCUUAAGAUGAAGGUAUGGAAGAGGACAAGUCCUGCUUUGAUGCUGCUCUGUGCUCUGUUGUCUUUACUCGUUUGCACAGAAGUCUUUUUCCGGAGCUGGAAAGUCAGCUCAACCCCAUCUCAGUCAGUAAUGGGUUCACCAAAGAGAUCAAGGAGAUUUCCACGAGCCUCCGAACGCAAGUCACCUAUGAUUUCACAAUACACUGCCCUUUUCGAGAGUUAUACUCAAGGCGAGAUUCGAGAACUUGUAUCUACUCUUGUGGAGAGGUACAGCCAAUCCUUACACUCUGGAGACGACCCAAAAAAUGUAGCCAGAAUGAAGAGAGCCCGUGCACGCAAACAGCCCUGUACCAUAAAAGAGCUCGAAGUGAGAGUCAGCGAGCUUGGUCUUGGAUACAUUUCCGACGAAACAGUUCUGUUCCGCUACUGCAGUGGUACAUGCGAAGCUGCUGUACGCAACUACGACCUCUCUCUACAAAGCAUCAGGAGCAAAAAGAAGAUAAAAAAAGAGAAAGUAAGAGCCAAACCUUGCUGCAGGCCUGUAGCAUACGAUGACGAUAUAUCUUUUUUGGAUGCCAAAAAUCAUUACCACACCAUCAAAGAGGUAUCUGCUAAGGAUUGUGGCUGUGUUUGACAGGUAUCAAGGAUAAACUCAGCAACAGGUUUGUGUCCGCUAGAGAAAAUACACAUUCCAAGCUAUAAGGAUUUAUCCCAUGGAGGCAGAUCGCCAUUUUUAAUUUCUACCUCAUUGAAAUGUAUACAUUGACAUAUGACUCAAGGAAAAUGGUUGGCUGCAAGUAACUGAGAGAACCGGAUUGAAUAAAGAGGUUCUACUGUACAUCAGCUUCACGAAUGACUAUAAAUGAAAUAUAGACCCAUAAUUAUGGUAAUGAAAUAUGGGGACACAGGCUUCUAUCACAUUUGCAUUGCAUGUGGACUGAGUUGAGACUCUGAGUAAAAUAUUCAUAGGUUCUGCUCUGCUCCCAGGUACCAGGCAACAUUUCUGCUAAUCAAAAACAAUUUUUAUAAAAUAAAUUAUGUACCGUAAAUUUGUGACUACUUUUUUUCCAGAUGGAGUAGGGAUGUCUUUCCACCUAAUGAAGCAGUCAUAGAAUAUCCAUGCCAAAAUGCAAGCUCUUAUAUAUGCAAUUUAUGACAAUGGCUUUAGAGGGGUUCUCUGGGAGUUAAUACCAGUAUUCAGUUAACCUGUCGAAGAAAGAUGGUUUAAUUAAUAUUUAUCCCUCCACUGAUGCCGAAGUCACUGCUGCACUCAGGCUCUUCUUAUCGGGGUCCCGUCUGGAUGUGUGCACUUACUACUACUUUACUACUAUGUAUCUGAAAAGGAAAAAAAGCGCACAUAUCUGGUAGGGACCUGAGCAGAAGUUCUCGCAGCCUGCCUGUGCAAGUGCAGUGGGGACUGCAGCAUCAGUGGAGGGAGGGACUGGUAAGUAUCAAUAAAACCAUUUUUCUUAAAUAGGUCAGCUGAAUGUUCGUAUUCUUCAUAAUGCUCAGAGAACCCCUUUAAAGUUCAUAUCCUAUCUUUCAAUAAAGUGUAGCCAGAAGGCACCAGGUUGUCAGCAUUAUUUAAUUAUAUACAUGUACAUUUUGCCUGUAAAUGUCACAGAAUGCUGAAAUGUGAGUUGACAUAAUGUCUGCAUUGGUAAUAUUUAUAAUUAUUAAAUAUUGUCCAGUAUCUGGUUAUGAAAGGCAGAAUAAAAUAUCGACCCUUUCAUUUAUAUUUAUGUUGAGUUAUGAAUUAAAUAAGAAUUUUUACCCAGAUCAAAAAAAAUUGGGCCAUCUAAUACUAAGCCACUUGUUAUAGUGCAUUAAGAGUUUGGUUGUUAAGAAUUGUGCUUUAUUUAAUUGUAGGAAUAUUGGCGGUUUCCUGUUUUUUGCUACAGCCAUUUUUGUAAAACUGACAAACAGAAGUGAAGCCGUAUUCGUUAUCACUUUUGAAUUAGCUUCUUCUCUACUGAUGGUAGAACUGUCACUUGGAUGUUAUCUCACAAGUGACAACAGACAACUUGGCUGUUCGUCGUGCCCUUAAUUUUGCUGAAAUGGCUGCUGCACUGAACUUUAAAUGCUAAUGUCUCAAAAAGUGAUACCCAAA